AUGGUUUAUCUAAAUCAAUUCCUUCCAGGAACAAAUAAUGCGACUCAAUUUAAUAACGAAAAUGAAAACCCUCUCGGUGGAAUUAUCGUAAAGGGAAUUCGAUGUACUUUAAAAGUCAAAAAACAACAACCUAAAUUUUCGAAAAUUGUGAGAUCAAUUUUAAAAGAAAAUACAAAAUUAAGAUUAGAAUUCGAAUUUAAUCAAGAAAUAAAGUCAACGGGAGUAAAUGAACUUACACAAAGUUCAAAUAAACAAGAUGAAAAGUAUGGAAGUUGGCAAGAGAAUAUGGUUUUUAUGGUAUCCUCAUCAUCAUAUCAAUCAAUGAUGAAUACCGAUUUACUUAUUAGAUGUUGGGAUCCAACGAUUAAAGGUAAAAUUGGAUGUAUCGGGGAAGCUAAACAGAAUUUGGCAUUUUAUGAACAAUUUAAUCAAGAAGAAACUCAUUGUGAAUUUGAUUUGGGAUACAUUGAUUCUAUUAUUGUUUCAUUUAAUGUAUAUUUCUUUUCUAAUGAUCCACCCAAAUUAUUUAUGAAACAAUUUGAUGAUCCGAAUAUUCGUGUAGGACCCGUUGGUUAUUUGGAAUUUGGAUUAGAAAGAGAAAAAUCAUUUCAUUCGACUAAAAGAUAUUGGAACAUUUUAAGUUCGGAAUGGACAAAUAUUGUUUCUUUAAAUUUUAUUGCUCGUCAUGAUGAAUUAUGUAUUAAAUUUCAUUACGGAACUUCCGCAUCAUCCGUGGCUACGACAAAAUUUCAUAUUGGACCAGCCGCCGCUACUGAAAUAAUAUGGCCAUUAUUAGUGGCGGGUGAAAGUGUUGAUGUUGGUGAAUAUACGUUAUUGGAACAUGGACUUUGCGUGGGUAAUAUUAGAUUCGAAAUCUCAUGUCAUUGCUUGUUGAAUUCGAAAAAAUUCUUUUCCAUGUGUUCGCAAUUUCUCAAAAAGACUUCACUGAAUAUCGGCAAUGACGUUAAAACUAACGUAGCCAUCACGAGUAGCAAUAGUCCAACUAGUACAAUUAGUUUAAAUAAUCAUACGAAUAUUCCAACUAGUCAAAUUAAGAUUAAUCCAAUUAUUCAAACUCGCCAAAUUAUUCAGACUAAUCCAAUUAUUCAUACUCGUCCAACUAAUCCAAUUACUCAAAAUAAUCCAAUUAAUCCAAUCAGUCCAAUUAAUCCAAUCAGUCCAAUUAAUCCAAUCAGUCCAAUCAAACCAAUCAGUUCAAUCAAUCCAAUUAGUUCAAUCGAUCCAACUAGUCAAAUCAAUCCAUCAAUUUAUACUUUUCAAAAUCAAAAUGAUAUUAAUCCUUCAUUAUUAAGGAAUAAUUCAACUUCAGAAUAUCAAACAGGGGCAGUUGUGAGUCCAGUAAUGGACAAAGUUCAUCGAACCCCAUCUGAUUGUUCUUAUGAAUCAAGAUCUGAUUCAUCAUUACGUGAACAUUCUUCAGAAGAUUUUACUAACAGCCAAAAUACUAAUCAAGUCAGAACUUCAGAAAAUACAAGGUGUAAUGGAAAUGAAAUUACUCAAGGUAAUUACGAAAUUCGAACCUCGUUGCCAAAGCAUAGAUACUCAGUAUCGUCUGCUUUUUUGGCUAAUAAAAAUAGUUAUAUUAAUCUCGAUAAUCGAGAACGAUAUCCCCAACCACCAAGUCAACCGUCAUCAAUAAAUCAACUACCGAGUCGAUCGAAUUCCAAUAGAUCAAAUCAAACGAUUUCUUCACAAAAUUCAAGAUCAAAUAUAUUAUCAUCAUUAUCAAAGAAAAAAAAUUCAUAUUUUACACCAAAAACGAUAUGCGGUGAUAGAUACAUGAUCACCGCUCCCGUUGUGAAUAAUAUUUAUUACUUUAAAUCUUUAACUCGAACUGCUUCAGAUAAAUCAACUUCAUCUCGAUCAAGUCAUUUAAAGAAAAUUCCCGAAAAAUUAAUAAUUUGUAAAUUACACAAUAAUCAUUCAAAUUUCAAUAAUGAAGUUUUAUUUCUUAGAAAAUUCAUAAAAUCUCAAUUGACGAUAAAAUUAUUUGAUAUAGAAAUGUACUUUGAUGGAAAUGAAAUUUUUGAUAAUAUCAAUACUGAAAUUGGUAGCGUUGCUGAAAGUAAUGAAGAAUUUAUUGAUGAUAAUGGAGGACCUGAAAGUAACGAAAAGAAUUUGGAUACGAAUCUUCAUAAAUUUAAUAGUGAAAUGGAAAUAUUCUUUUUAUUCCGAAAUAUUUGUGAAAAAGUGAAAUCUUUGCAUGAUCAUAAAGUUGUGCAUUUAUCUUUAAAUCCAUCAAAUAUAAUUUGUAAAGAAACAAAUCUUUACAAACUUAGAAUAUGUGAUUUUGAAAAUUCACGAAAUAUUGGUGAUUUCGUGUAUGGCGCAUUUCGCAACACUUCGACAUAUUUCUCUAAUAUUACCACCAAUUCCUCUUCCCCGAUCACAAUUCAAUCCCUAAAUCCAAUCAAAACUAAUUAUCCUAGUGAUGAUACAAGUUUAGUACACGACUUUACUGAUAAUAAUAAUAUUCAAGUAAAAGUUCAAGUUGUCACUUCAACAACUGUCACUUCUGAUAAUAAUGAUAAUGAUACUCCCGAAAUUUUGUUACCUCAAAAAUUAUUAUUCAAUCCGAAACCAAUCUCUUCAAAAUUAAUUACAUUCCUUGAAAACAUUAAAGCGAAAAAAUCCAUCGACGUAUUUUCAUUGGGUUCCAUACUUUAUUAUUUAUGUACCAAGAAAUUAUUAUAUGAUAGUAUUGAAGAAUUGGAAAAAUUGGUGAGAGAGAAGAAAAGUCUUGAUAAUGUGACAUUAAAUGAAGAUAUUAAGGAAGUCAUUUGUAUGUGUUUAAAAAUAGAUGAUGACGAAAGAUGGAGUGUAGAUGAUAUUUUGGCUAGUAAAUUUAUGAAUUGGAAUUUAUAA